UAUUUGUAACAGAUUUAAAUAUAAUUAAAGAAAUGAAAAUGAGUCGCAUAUCUGUAUUUCAGUUAUAUAGUACACAUGCGUAUACUGUGGAGAACGUUUAAGUAUUUUAUGAAAGCUUCUUACUAUAGUUUUCAACUAGUCAACGGCACACCAUCAUGGCGAUGGGUUUUGGUUACGUCUUUGAUUUACAGUUAAGAAAUUUGGCAUAAUGGUCUAAAUUGCAUUUUUUUUGUAUUUCUAAUAUCCGCAAAAUUUUUUAUUAUUAUUUUAUUUCAAGUACUUUUAUAUAAAUUACAAAUUUCAUUAUGGUAAAAUUAACAGAAGAAAUGGUCGUGGCUCGGACGCGAAUGUCUGAUUUCUCUGCCGUAAAGAAACUUAAUUGUUGGGGCACAGAAUUAACUGAUGUAAGCAUUUUAAGAAAAAUGAAAAAUGUGGAAGUAUUAUCAUUAAGUGUUAAUCAUAUCAACACCCUUGCUGAUUUUCAAUAUUGUUUAAGUCUUCAAGAAUUAUUUGUUAGAAAUAAUAAUAUUGAAGAUUUAAAUGAAGUUUGUUAUCUUCAAGGUUUACCAAACUUAAGAAAUUUAUGGCUUGGAGAAAAUCCUUGUGCUGAGAAGGAAGGGUAUCGGUUAUCAGUUUUAAGAGCUUUACCAAAUUUACAAAAACUUGAUGAUGAAGUAGUAUCACCUGAGGAAGUGCAAACUGCAUUGACAAGAGGUCGUGUUUUAGUUCAUCCUCUUCUUGAUAUGUAUGCUUCCCCACCACAAUCAAAUGCAGUUAGUCCAGAAGAUAUUACUACUGAAUAUAUUGAAGAAAGUGAAGUAACACGACAUCGAAGAUAUAGUUCUUCAAGUGAUCAGAGAAGUUUUGAAGAGACACAUGUUCAAGAAGAGUAUCAUGAUCCAGAUCAUAGAAAUGCAAAUUAUAAUGCGUCACCAUCACAUCAUUAUUCACAAAAUAAUCAAUAUACAUAUGAGCAACAAGCAAAUGGACAGUCAAAGAAUCAAAGCAAAGAUGACACUAUACGUACAGAGUCGCGCAACGUCAGUGAAAACGUGGCCACUAACACUAUUGAAAUAAUCAAGGAAUAUGAUGACCGAUCAGCAAUAUCUAGACAUAAUGGAGAUUAUGAUGAUAGAAGAUCUUAUGCAGAAUAUAGUAAUAAUGAUAUUUCUCAACGAACAUAUGCACCAACGUCUCCAAGAACACAAUAUGCUACAAAUGAAAUUUUAGAUGAAAGACGAGCAGAAAGAAAUAAUUAUGAUUAUGACAAUAGAUUGAAAUCUGAAUAUAAAGAACAUCAUGAUCACAGGAUAAAAUCAGAUUAUGAAGAGCAACAUCAACCAUCAUCUCAACCUAGACGAAUGGCAGUUCAUCACAAUGUAGAAAGAGAAGAUUCAAACCAAGUACCUGGAUGGGUAAGACAUUCUGAUAAGGAAAAAUGUAGAUCCCAAUUUCAUUACCACAGAAGGCCUGUUACAAGAAACUCAAACAUAUUAUCAGCUGUAUUAUGUUUAGUUAAAGAGCUUGAUUAUCCAAGUUUAGAAGUAGUAGAAAUGGCUGUUAGGAAUCGAAUGGAUGAAUUAGAAGAAUGAUGUUUCUGACGCCGUCCCCAAAAUCAGGGGACGGUCACUUUUUCUCAUAUGGGCAGUGUUUCUUCAAUUUCAAGUCCAGAAUUUUCAGAUUCUCUCGAUAGUAUGGUAAUUCCUUGCCAAUAUAUUAUUGAUAAUGAUACAAAUUGUAAUAUUGAUCAUCAUAUAUCAUGUAAUCGACAUUCGAUCGAUGAUAAUACUGAUAAGUGUCAAAUUCGCCGGAAUGGUUGUAUGGAAACUUCAAUGCGAAGUCCAAAAAAUGUAUCUAUUCAUCCGAAUUCAAAAUAUUUUGGAAAUAAUCAGAAUGUAUAUAAUCUUAGGGACUCUAUACCAGAUAAUCUAAUGUCUGUAGUUAGUAACAGCGAAGAAAAGAAAGCCAAUGAUGUUAGAAGGGUUGCAAGUAGUGACAGCAUCCCUCGCAGUAGCUUUAAUGGUUUAACUUUAAGUCCAGGAUGCAGGGUUUUAAGUCAGGAUUGUGUAAGAAGGUCAAAAAGUCCUGAUAUUAGGAACACGAUCGUUCCUCUUCGCUAUAUUCAGUCAGCAAAAGGUACUUGGACAUAUAAUUUAUAAAUUAAAUUAUAAGUAACAUUAAUACUCUCUCGAAAUAGAAAAAUUUCAUUUAGAAAAUUAUUUCGAGAAAUUCCUAAAAUUAAAUAAUCAUUAUAUAACUAAAAAGAAAU